AUGACGGACAAGCAUCCUUUCGGUACUGUCGAACUUCCUUCUCUACGAGAGCUUCCGCUUGAAAAAGCCUCGGAGGGCCUUCAAUCGGCGCAUUUUACAUCAGUUGAUCUUGUCAAGGCAUAUAUUGCGAGAAUCCAUGAGGUAUCCGAGUUCAAUGCUGUGUUGCAAAUAAAUCCAGAUGCCGUGACAGAUGCGAAAAAGCUGGACGAGGAACGACUUCGGACAGGAAGUAGGGGUCCGCUCCAUGGCAUUCCCAUCCUUGUGAAAGACAAUAUAGCAACAAAAGAUGAGAAGCUAGAUGUUUCUGCAGGCUCAUAUGCCCUACUUGGAGCAAAACCCACGAACGAGUCGUCGACUUCUGGAAGUAUCACGAGCCCUGCCGAGUUCAGCAAUGUCGUUGGGUUGAAGCCUACCCGAGGUCUAAUUGGAAACGAUGGCGCUAUUCCUAUCUCUACCCGGCAGGAUAUUAUCGGCACUAUCACACGCAAUGUCAAAGACGCCGCAUAUAUUCUCAGUACAAUGGCUGGUCGGAGCGAGCACGACGAGAUGACCUGGAACAUUCCACAGGACCAAGCAUCAGAUUAUGUUCAAUUUUGCAAAGGAACUGAUCUGAGUGGAAUUAGUAUCGGUAUCCCUAGGAACACUUUUGAUGCGAACAAGGAUUCCCCAGUCAGCGCUGCAUUUGAGAUUGCCCUGCAAUCUCUGAGUUCUGCUGGUGCAACGAUAGUUGAUAAUGCAGACUUCCCGGCUGCUGAAGAAUUCACUAAGCUGAACGAACAAGUCAAGGGUAUCGUUCGAUCAUCAGAGUUCCGAAGAGACUUCGCCCGGUAUAUACAAACACUUGAAACAAACCCCAACAGUAUCGGCUCUGCGGAAGAUCUCAUUGAGUUUACCAAAACACACUCGGAAGAGGAGUACCCAGAGAGGGACAUUGGCAAAUUUCUGUGGACUCAAUCCGAGGAUAUUGACGUGGACAGCGACAAGUAUGCUGACAUGGUGAAGCAAGAGCGUUACUUUGGGGGUCCAGGUGGUAUUCUAGGAGCUAUGGAGAAGUACAACGUCGAUCUUUUCGCCGUUCCAUCAUACUAG